GUAAUCAAUACUAAUCAAGCGAAGAGAGGAUUAAAAAUUUUUUUUUAUAAGUACGUAUUUGUUGAGAGAAACUUCAACCUAGACAUAGCAAUGUCGAAGGUAUUGAUAUUGUUUUGCCUCGUAACUUUUGGAGCAACAUUCUCUUCAGCACAUUGGUGGUACUCAGUAGAAAAAUCAUGUCGCCCACCUGGUUUCAUUUGUUCAAAUGACAAUGAUUGCUGUGAUCCAUUUAUCUGUAAUCCAUGGGCACUUCGUUGUACUAAACGACCAAAUAAUUUACCACCUGGACAAACUUGCAUCCCUGCAGGUGCUCUCUGCAGCAAAGAUAGCGAUUGUUGCGAGUCGCUCAUUUGUAACAAGUGGGCUAGACGUUGUACGAAACCACGAACCACCACCACCACAGAAACUGUACCAACAACCGAAGGAAGUAAAAGUAGCGAAGAAUCUUCUGAAAGUUCAGGUUCUACUUCGGGAACUUCAACAGUACCAUCACAUGAGGAAUGUCGUUGGCCUGGAAUGAGAUGUUCAGAUGACAACCAGUGUUGUAAGCCUUUCAUCUGUAACAAAUGGGCAAAGCGUUGCACUAAAAGAAAAUUCCCACCUGGACCAAAUUGUAUACCGCCUGGUGCACUUUGUACAAAAACGGAAGAUUGUUGUGACGGAUAUAUUUGUAAUCCGUGGGCACAAAGAUGCACCAGACCAAAAACCACAGUGGCGCCUCCUACUAGCACCACUACAGUGGCGCCUACUACUAGCACCACUACAGUGGCGCCUCCUACUAGCACUACUACAGUGGAGCCACCUACUACCACCACUACAAAAGUAACUACUCCAGGCGGAAGUGGUGAACAAACUACCCAAGGCGGAAGUGGAGAACAGACUACUGAAAGCUCAAGCGGCGAACAAACGACCCAAGGUGGAAGUGGAGAACAAACUACUCAAGGAGGAAGUGGUGAACAAACUACCCAAGGCGGAAGUGGUGAACAAACUACCCAAGGCGGAAGUGGUGAACAAACUACCCAAGGCGGAAGUGGUGAACAAACUACUCAAGGAGGAAGUGGCGAAUUGACUACUGAGGACUCAAGCGGAGAACAUACUACGCAAGGCGGUAGUGGCGAACAAACUACUCAAGGCGGAAGUGGAGAACAGACUACUGAGGCUUCAAGUGGAGAACAAACUACCCAAGGCGGAAGUGGCGAACAGACUACUGAAAGCUCAAGCGGCGAACAAACUACCCAAGGUGGAAGUGGAGAACAAACUACUCAAGGAGGAAGUGGUGAACAAACUACCCAAGGCGGAAGUGGUGAACAAACUACCCAAGGCGGAAGUGGUGAACAAACUACCCAAGGCGGAAGUGGUGAACAAACUACCCAAGGCGGAAGUGGCGAACAGACUACUGAAAGCUCAAGCGGCGAACAAACUACCCAAGGUGGAAGUGGAGAACAUACUACCCAAGGUGGAAGUGGAGAACAAACUACCCAAGGCGGUAGUGGCGAAGAAACUACUCAAGGAGGAAGUGGCGAACUGACUACUGAGGACUCAAGCGGAGAACAUUCUACGCAAGGCGGUAGUGGUGAACAAACUACUCAAGGCGGAAGUGGAGAACAGACUACUGAGGCUUCAAGUGGAGAACAAACUACCCAAGGCGGAAGUGGUGAACAAACUACCCAAGGCGGAAGUGGAGAACAAUCUACCCAAGGCGGAAGUGGCGAACAGACUACUGAAAGCUCAAGCGGCGAACAAACUACCCAAGGUGGAAGUGGUGAACAAACUACCCAAGGCGGAAGUGGCGAACAGACUACUGAAAGCUCAAGCGGCGAACAAACUACCCAAGGCGGAAGUGAAGAACAAACUACUCAAGGAGGAAGUGGCGAACUGACUACUGAGGACUCAAGCGGAGAACAAACUACCCAAGGCGGAAGUGAAGAACAAACUACUCAAGGAGGAAGUGGCGAACUGACUACUGAGGACUCAAGCGGAGAACAAACUACCCAAGGUGGAAGUGGCGAACAGACAACUCAGGGCUCAAGCGGAGAACACACUACCCUAAGCGGAAGUAAUGAACAGCCAACCGAAGAUGUAAGUGGAGAAUCAACGACCGAGGAUAGUACUGAAUGUACUGAAACUGCAGAAGAACAAACAGAAUCUUCAUCAGAGGUCACAGAAAAAUCAGUUUAACUAGAACCAGUUGAUGCAAAUACAACAGACGGAUUGUAGAAUGAUGUAUCUCGUAAAUGCAUCUGCUAGUAAUUAUUGACUCUCUUCGUUACAGUUGUAACGUUUCAUUCACUAACAAAUUUAGUAUAAUAUAUUAUAAUAUUAUGCAAACAAAUCAAUUGGUAUUUCGAUAUGAGAGCACUCAGUACGUUAUUUAGUUUUGAGUGGGUGAAAGUUUAAAGUGUAAUAAAAUACUACUACAUAAUCCCUAUAUUGUGUGUGUGUGUGUGUGUAAUUUCGCAUCUUCAAUGGAAAAAUAGUAUUAUUCUAAUUAUAAUACAAUUUAGUAAAAAUGUGAAUAAUUCUGUUAUAUAUUUCAUAGCUACAAAAUAUAAUUCCUUAUUUGAUUAAAAUUUUGUGUUUAAUAAUCAUAUAAUUAAAUGAGAAUAUUCUAGCUAUACAAUGAAUAAAAUUUCCAUUGAUAACAAU